AACCAACAGCCGACAACGCAACCUCAGCAGAGACCCACCCCAACCAUGGGUGCGCCCUCUUCCGCGUCAAUUUCUAGAAGAGACCGUCGGCUGAAGAGGCCCAUGAAUGCAUUCUUGAUAUUCAACAAAGAGAUGCGACCAAAGGUCUUGGAAAUGAAUCCUAAUAUGACGGUCGCCGAGAUUUCCAAGACCAUCGGGGAGAAUUGGCGAGGCAUGUCAGAGGAAGAAAGAGAGCGAUACCUUCAAAGGGCUCGCGAUCUGAAGAAUGAAUUUCACGAGACCCACCCGGACUUCGUCUACACUCGUAGGUCAAAGGCCGAGCUCGCCGCAGCGGGUCACCAUAGUUAUUCGAAGAAACGGAGUUCUUCUCAACGCGAUGAAUCCGACUCCGAGGAUGAACAACGUGUUCAGCACCAGAACAAUCACCACGAAGGAUCCUCAUCCACCUCUCCGGUGAAGGAUCCCCGAGGUCGUAAGAAGAAACGAAGUCGUCAUCCUACGGCACCCAAGCAUCCUAUGUCCGGUUUCCUGUUCUACGCUUUGGAAAUGAGGCCACACAUAGCAGAACAAAAUCCGGGGAGCACGGUUGGCCCAAUCAGCAAAAUUAUUGCAGGCCAUUGGAAGAAUCUGACUCCUGAACAAAGAAAACCAUGGGAAAAGAAAGCCUCGGAUGAUAAGGCUCGAUAUGCCAGGGAAAUGGAGACUUACUUGCAAUCUCAAAAAGAUGAUUAA